UUAACGGCGGCGGCUUCGCGCUCCACUGCCCCCGCGGCGGCUGCUGCUACUGCGGCUCCUGCUGCCGCCGCGGCUCGGCCUCCGGCAGCUGCAUCCUCAGCCCGGGCCGGGUACCCGCCCGGCGCUGAGCGCGGCCCCGCCAUGGUGUCCUGGAUCAUCUCUCGCCUGGUGGUGCUCAUCUUCGGCACCCUGUACCCAGCCUAUUCUUCCUACAAGGCCGUGAAGACAAAGAAUGUGAAGGAAUAUGUGAAGUGGAUGAUGUACUGGAUCGUCUUCGCCUUCUUCACCACAGCAGAGACGCUCACCGACAUCGUGCUCUCCUGGUUCCCCUUCUACUUCGAGCUCAAGAUCGCCUUCGUGAUAUGGCUGCUGUCUCCGUACACCAAGGGUUCCAGCGUGCUCUACCGCAAGUUCGUGCACCCAACCCUGUCCAACAAGGAGAAGGAAAUCGACGAGUACAUCACACAGGCCCGAGACAAGAGUUAUGAAACCAUGAUGAGGGUGGGCAAGAGGGGCCUGAACCUUGCCGCCAAUGCUGCUGUCACGGCUGCUACCAAGGGCCAGGGGGUGCUGUCGGAGAAGCUCCGAAGCUUCAGCAUGCAGGACCUGACCCUGAUCCGGGACGAGGACGCGCUGCCCCUGCAGGCGCCUGACAGCCGCCUCCGACCAGGCCCCGGCAGUCUGCUGGACACCAUCGAGGACUUAGAUGACCCCGCCCUGAGUCUAAGGCCGAGCACCACCCAGGCAGAUCCCCGGACAGAGGCCUCUGAGGAGGAUGUGGGAGACAAGGCCCCCAAGAGGGUCAAAUCCAUCAAAAAAGUGCCCAAAGCUGAGCCACCGGCCUCCAAGACUCUGAAGACAAGGCCCAAGAAGAAGCCCGUGGGCGGGGGUGACUCGGCUUGAGCCAGAAGGAAGCUUCCGGGUGGGCCUGAGCCCAGCCCCUGCUCCAAGCUGUGCCGCUGGCCUGGCUCUCUCAGGCCCCUGGGGCCCCUCCCACGACCAGUUCUGGUGCCUGUCCAGGGGCCACUCCUCUGGCGGGGCGGGAGGUGGGGCUUGGAAAAGAGGGGGGUGGGCCCAGCUGAAGGGUUUGGGGGUAGAGGCUGGCCCAGGGCCUGAGCAUUGAGCCACCCAGGGAGGUGAGGGCUCCUCGGCCCACCCCACCCCUCCCCAUGGCAGCCCUGCCCCCACCCACCCAGUGCCUUGCUGAAGACCAUGGCCAUUCCCUUCUCUGAGGUCCCACCACACCCCCACUGCUCUCCGUGGGUUGGAGCAGCACAGGCCACCGCCCAGAUGGACCAAGGCUGGGCCUGACAGUGCCUGCGAGAAAAGGGGGCUGCAGGCUGCCCUUGUGACUGGAGGGCGGGGGUCAGCGCAGGCUCAAAUGACCAACAGGGCCAGGCCAGAGCUGCAGCCGGCUUGGCGUGUGCUGCAUGUCCCCCUGGGAGGUGGGUGUCCCCGGGGCUGUGGUAUGGCUGGGCGUGGCUCUCCAGGGCUGGGCUGGACUCUCAUUCCUCCCGUCACUCCUCCUACCCUCAGCCCCACAGCAGCUGGCCACUCCCCCUCCCUUCCUUUCCUCCCUCCCCUCCCUGCCUCCUAGUCUCUGAGUUCAGAGGACCCCAGCCAUUCAGAGAAGGGGGCUCUGAGGGAUCCCACUCCCCCACUCCUGCAGCACCCCUGUGCUGAACUACUCCACCCCUCGGGACAGGGGCCCCCUCCCCCACGGCCCUCAUGUCCCCUUGCUGUGCCAAGCAGACUGGCCCUGUAUGAGCCCAGGCUCCACCCCAUAUCCUGCUGCAGCUUCUGCCAUGGCAUCAGUCAGGUCAGGAAGAACCUGGGAGGAAGACAAGAACGCAGGAGCCAGCCAGAAGCUCCCGAAUCCUUGGGAAGAGGGUGCUUGUUGGACCUUUAGCAUUGGAUGAGCCAAUAAACCGAACGCUGGCACCUCAUUGA